UGAGCAAUUCGGCGCUGAAAAGGAAGAAGCCUACUUUUGUAGUGAUACGAGCGGAGCGGCGCGAGCGAGGGGAACCGCGGUAUUCAUUAAAAACAGCGUGUAACGAGUUACUUUGCUUUUGAGCACCGUGACUAAGCGGAGAGUUUGCGCCAUGGCUGACAAGGAGGUGUACGAUGAUGCGGUGGAAGAAAGAGUCAUCAAUGAGGAGUACAAGAUUUGGAAGAAAAACACCCCGUUCCUGUAUGAUCUGGUGAUGACUCACGCGCUGGAGUGGCCCAGCCUCACCGUCCAGUGGCUUCCAGAUGUCAACAGGCCAGAGGGGAAGGACUAUGCCGUUCACAGGCUGGUUUUGGGGACCCAUACGUCAGAUGAGCAGAACCACCUUGUGAUCGCCAGCGUCCAGGUACCGAAUGAUGACGCCCAGUUUGAUGCCUCGCACUACGACAGCGAGAAAGGAGCAGAGUUUGGUGGAUUUGGUUCCGUAAGCGGGAAGAUUGAGAUCGAGAUCAAGAUCAAUCACGAGGGAGAGGUCAACCGAGCUCGGUACAUGCCACAGAACCACUGCAUCAUUGCCACCAAGACUCCCACCUCUGACGUGCUGGUCUUUGACUACACUAAGCACCCUUCAAAGCCAGACCCCAGCGGGGAGUGUAGUCCUGACCUACGGCUGAAAGGCCACCAGAAAGAAGGCUACGGCCUCUCCUGGAAUCCCAACCUCAGCGGCAACCUCCUCAGCGCCUCCGACGACCACACCAUCUGCCUAUGGGACAUUGGGGCCGGCCCAAAGGAGGGGAAGAUUGUGGAUGCCAAGACCAUCUUCACGGGCCACACGGCGGUGGUGGAAGACGUCUCCUGGCAUCUGCUCCACGAAUCGCUGUUCGGCUCAGUGGCCGACGACCAGAAACUCAUGAUAUGGGACACCCGGUCCAACACCACAUCCAAAGCCAGCCACGCAGUCGACGCCCACACCGCAGAGGUCAACUGUCUGAGCUUCAACCCGUACAGCGAGUUCAUUCUGGCCACCGGUUCUGCUGAUAAGACUGUCGCAUUGUGGGAUCUCAGGAACCUCAAACUGAAGCUCCACUCCUUCGAGUCCCACAAGGAUGAAAUUUUCCAGGUCCAAUGGUCCCCUCACAACGAGACCAUCCUGGCCUCCAGUGGAACCGACCGGCGCCUCAACGUCUGGGAUCUCAGUAAAAUCGGGGAGGAGCAGUCUGCAGAAGAUGCUGAGGACGGCCCGCCUGAGCUGCUGUUCAUUCACGGCGGCCACACGGCCAAGAUCUCCGACUUCUCCUGGAACCCCAACGAGCCCUGGGUCAUCUGCUCGGUGUCCGAGGACAACAUCAUGCAAGUCUGGCAGAUGGCCGAGAAUAUCUACAACGACGAGGAGCCAGACAACACCCCCGCAUCGGAGCUGGAGGCUCAGGGCUCAUAACCCGGCUCUGCAACAACCCCCACCUCUCCACCCCCCCCUGCAUUCCCAGCCUGUUGUUCCCCUCCCUUGCUUAGUUCAAAAAAGUAAAAAAUAAAGUCUGCGCUAUGCGAACGAACAUUGUUGAAGAGGUGGUGCCCGUGUGGACCCCCCCCUCCCGCCCCCCAUCCCUGUAGAGAGACGGGUCGGAGUCCGGCUCAUCCUUCGUCCCCGCGGCACUUAAAAGUAGGAUGAGAGUUGAAAGGUCGUACUCAGGUAGUGGUGUCUCUGGGGGGGGGGCUGGAUUGCCGUGGACCUGCCACACGCAGAAAGGGCUCUUGGGUGUAAUUUUAUAUUUUGACUUGUAAGUAUACGGAAAGCUAGUCGACUCAGCCUCCGUCUCCGUGGACCCGUUAACGUUCAGUCGCCCGGCUGCCCGCCUCCUGUUCAUAAGGUACUUAAACGCUUCAGUUUUUGGUUGAGUGAAAGGUGUGGGUCUGAAUUAGUGCACUUGAGGGGGGAAAAAAAUCCCAAAAAACUGUUUCCUCUUUGUUACGUAAUGUGAAUUAUUGUUUCCUGCACCACAAAUUGCAAUAAAACUUUUAUAACUUUUCAAAGAA